GAUAAGAAAAAUGCGACGCUAUGUUGUAUACGUAUAUUUUACCAGUAGAUGCGGCGUUGUAGUUUAAUAAUUUUCGUUGCCGGCUCAGCUUUUAUUGUAUCUAUCUAAUUUUUGGCACAGUUCUAAAUAAAUAAAAAUGAAGUUGGUGAGAUUCUUAAUGAAGCUAAGUCACGAGACUGUAACAGUUGAAUUGAAAAAUGGCACUCAAAUCCAUGGGACAAUUACUGGAGUCGAUGUUGCCAUGAAUACCCACCUAAAAAGCGUAAAGAUGACCAUCAAAAAUAGAGACCCAGUGCACUUGGAAUCCUUAAGCAUUCGUGGUAACAACAUACGUUACUUUAUAUUGCCGGAUAGCCUGCCAUUAGAAACUCUGCUAAUAGACGACACUCCCAAAUCGAAAUCAAAGAAAAAAGACAGCGGUCGUGUUGGAAAUCGUGGACGAGGAAGAGGAAGUCGUGGACGUGGUGGUCCCAGGGGUCGUGGAAGAGGCAGGGCACCCACCAGACGUUAAAUAUGUAAUACACAAUAUAAUAAAAACUUCAAUACUGGAUAAA